ACUCGCUGCGGUAACAGAAUAUAACAUCCCUGCAUUUACAGGUUUUAUCAGCCUUGCAAAUUAAAAACCGCAGUGUGAUAGAGCCAGGCAUAGGUCUACCAGAAAAUUUGUAUCUGUCGUAUGUUUACUCGUGAGUUAAAUCUGUGCAAGGGUGUCGUACGUCCUCGAUAGGACCUAAUUUAUAACGAUCAUCUUUCAUUGUCAUCUUAACCUCAUGAACAGUGGAACCGGAUGGGAAAGUCAAAAUUUACAGGUAGACAAUUGAAGGAAAGUACGAAGCAAACAGUACCGCUUGCCAGGCGCCCACCUCUUAGACUCCGCCCAUCACCACCUUCCAGCCACGCCCACAGUCCUCCUCCUCCAGCCACGCCCACCACCAUGCUUUGCUUCUAUCUUCUCCUGGGUAUCUCCCAAGCCCUAGCGGUUAUCAUCCUGAUCCUAGCGGGGUUCUGGACCGGUCACACCCUCGGUGGAUUCGCCUGGGAUGGUACAUCGAAGGAAUUCAACCUUCAUCCACUCCUCAUGAUCCUCGGGUUUAUAUUCCUAUACGGAGAUGCAAUACUGAUGUUCCGUAUCCUCCGAACCGAGAACAAGACGGCUGUGAAAGUGAUCCAUCUUCUGAUGCAAGCCCUUGCCUUGAUUUGUGCGUGUAUCGCACUCAAAGCUGUCUUUACUUUCCACACCACAAUGGGUUUCCCACAUCUUUACUCGUUGCAUAGCUGGGUUGGACUGACUGCUUUUAUUCUAUUCUCUCUUCAGUGGAUCGUUGGCUUUGUCUCGUUCUUCUUCCCGAAGCUACGAGAGGAUUUCCGUGCCUCAUAUCUUCCCAUCCACCGAUACUUCGGAGUCGCCAUCUUUGCCACCGCUGUAGCAGCUGCCCUUAUUGGAAUUAAUGAGAAAUUGUUUUUCGUUUACUCUGGAACGGACGGUAAUGAGAAGUACGCCUCUCGCCCGAACGGAGCCUACGUGGGGAACUUCUUAGCCUUCUUCAUUUUGAUCUUCGCCCUCAUCGUUGGCUACCUCGUCACCCAUCCCAAAUAUAUCCGAGAGCAACAACCCAACGAAGAGACCAUGCCCCUGGCUUCAUCAGCAGCCAUGAGACAGUUCCAGUCCACCGACCAGGUCCCCGAAGCCGAGGAGGCGAAGUAGAUUAGUCAAAGGCCGCGUUUUGAUUUUAUUUGUGUUUUUGGCGUAUGUCUUGCUUCGUUGUACACAGAGUUUCUCGUGCGGAGAAAAACUAUUUUCUGAGUUAUUUUUAUUGCUAUUAACCCCUUGCCCACCCUGUUUUAAAAAGUAGUCACAUUAGGCAUAACAUUAUUCUGAUAAUUGUUCUUCCGCGGGGGGGGGGGGCAACAUUGGCUAGAGUCUUAAAGAUGACAUUUUUUCUUAAUUUAUUAACCAUGUUAACUGGGUUAUAUACUACCGAUAUCUUUCUUUUGAUAAUCUCUUUUUUGUUUGUGUCUAGACUUUUUGUGCUACUUGAAAAAUCACGGGGUACCUCUUUGCCCCCCCCCCCCCUGUAGUACCACCCUAAAAACAAAUGUUGUUCACCAAAUGUAAGUAAGUGAGCGGAUAACAUACAUGUCAUAAGCUCACUUAUUCUUUUUCCUUUGAUACAUCUUCUUUCAUACCCCUUUGAAUUGAUGGAAUUCUGAAGGUAAAUUAUUAAAAUUAUUUUUAAAACACCUCUCCCUGCAUAAUAGUUUUUACUAGUGAUCAAUAAGAAAUUAAACACGUUUAACAUUGUUUUUUUUUAAUUCAAAAUAUUGUUGAGUAUAGACCCCGGGUAUAGACCUUAUAUCAAAAAGUUAAGCUUAUCGUUUCUCCACUGUCAUCAAUUCACUGUAAAAAGUGUAAUGAUCACUUCCAGAAUUCAUUAAUUUUAUUUUUUUAUUUUUCUUUGUAAUUUCUUAUCAUUCUGUUGUUUUUUCAUCAGAUCUCGAAUAUCCAAGGUUUUCCACAAUCUACUCUUUUAAAUCAAACCAAUAAGGAUAAACUUUCCCCAAAAAAAACAUCCCUAAUUGAUAAAUCAAGUUUGAUGUUUCCUCCUUCAGCUUUCUACCCCGUUUAUCUACAGUAUUAAGUUUGUCAGUAUCUUGCCGUCUGUCACAGCGAAAAUUAGGCUUAGUACAAUUGUAAUUUUUCACCCAUUAAAACCUAUGACAGUUUGGGUGUCUUGUUUAACUCACAUAAUUAUCAAGACUAUUCUUGCAUUUUACGUUUAAUUUCACUAGACCAAACAAAUCAUUCACAACUAAGGAGUGGUAAGGUUCAAGUGAGAAUUUACUUGCGCCGUUUUCAAAUAUGUGUCAAUGUUGUCUGUCUACUGCCUUCAUUUACCUAUAUGGCAGCUAUGAUAUUUGUUGUGUUACACUGGUCUACAAUAAAAGUAUUUGAGUCAUAAAUAGCUUUCUGUAAAAACUUUAAAGAUAAUCAAGUGAUUCAAAUAGGCGAUCUCCGUUAUUACUUAUUUGAUGACAAUAAUACAUGUAUAUUAAUUCAGUAUUCAGAUACUGUUUGGAUUGGACAGUUCGUAAAUGAUCAGCUGACCAUUCGCGUAUCUCUGAAAUCUAAAUUCACAAAAUUCUGAAAGUUUACUUUGAAAUCUUCUUUGCCGCAAUGUCGGGCAAUCUUCGGUAAGUGACGAGAAUUAUCAAGGACAUUUUUUUUUUACAGAGAUAGAGCAUAUGAAGAUCAGUGAAUAUUUGAAUUAAUUGGUGUAUUUAGGGAAACAGUUUUAAAGACGGGCUAAGACUAUACUCUUAAAACAACUCAGUCAAAUUGGCUAGACCAGUAGUCAGCUGGGUGCAACUGAUAUGUCUAGUCACAUUUCUCAAUUAUAUUCUAGUAAAAAAUAACUAUGUUUCUAGUAAAUUACGACUAGAAAAUAGUCAAAUACGACUAAAAUAACGGUUGCACCCAGUUGACCUUAUCAACUAGUCAUUUUGACUGAUUUGUUUUUAGAGUGUAAGAGACAAAUAAAAUCGAUAAAUUCGACGCACCGCCCGUCACAAUUUGUAUUCAUGUGGUAACUGAUUUUAUUGUUUGACUUCACGUCUAAAAAAUAUUUAUCAAUUUGUUGUAUAUAAUUAUGGUAGUCAUGGAAGUGUUUCUAGCUGUUGUCUAUAUAAAAUGUCUGUAGAUUACAAUAUGCCUAAUAGAAUGAUUCGAGUUGUUCGAAUAUCAGGAUGACUGAUGAUCAGACGAGGCAGGGUGUGCAACAUUAGGAUUAAUAAUUAUUUAGUCAAACUCUCUUUUUAUUCAAAGUUCAGAAUUUAAUUUUUAAAUUACUUUCUUGAAAUCCUAGAUCCUAGGUCUUUUUUUAAAUUCGCACUAUGUAUUAUGUUUCAUUGCAAUGCUUCGAAGGUUCAGGUGUAUUACGUUAUGCAUAUAGGUUUAUGCAGAUUUUUCCUCAUGCAAUUAUUAUCAUCAUGAUUUAAGGUUUUGUGUUUUGUUUUGUCUUGUUUUGUCCUGUUUUAUAGUGUUAUCUUUUUAUCGUAUCAGUCUUAAGAAAAGUAGACAUCAUAUAAGCAUGAAUGUGAAUAAGCCUAGGGCCUAGAGCUUUAGAGAAAUGGCGUAAUUAUCGUUCAUUUCUCAUUCUAAAAAUAUUGGUUUCUUCCAUUGCAUAAUAAGUGAUAAUUGAUAAUUAUUUUUCUGAAUCAUGUGGGUUAAUCUUAACAAAAACAAUAUAAACUUGUUCAAUCUCUAAAAAAAGGUGAAUUUUUAGUAAAUCGACAGUGACGUUAUUUUUAUUGUCUGUCAGUAAUGUAUGGAAUUACUCAAAGAUCAUUAAGUGCACGACACUAAAACGAGUGUGCCUCCAUUUUAGCCUAGAUUUACUCUAAAUUAUAGUAAAGAACAUUUAAAUCCUUGCCCUUCUGAAUGUGUUAUUCCCUGUAUAUAAGAAUAUUCAUACGGUAUAUUGAAUCUAUUCCUUUUUUUGUUUUUCUUCAAAGAUAUGCUAUCCAGCAUGUUAUUUAAACACCUUGGAAUUGUGUUACAUUUUGUCGUUUUGAUUAUUCAAUCAAGUGCUAUUUUUCUUUUACCAAUCGUUAUUGAAACCAACAUAUGUGCUAUAAAUGUGAUAACGUUGUAUGAACUAUUUCACGAGGUGUAUAUUUAUUAAAUAUGUCGGGUUAAAUUAUAUAUAAAUAAGGGAGGAAAUUAUUUUGAUAUUUUAGUCCGUGAUAGUAGGCAUGAGUAUUAUAGAUGAUUCAAGAACUAAUGGGAAAAGUAAUCAUAGAAUAUCAAUGAUAUACAAGAUAAAUUAUCUCUGCUUAAAUCAUUUGUAUACAUGUAUUCAACACGCGAGCAUAUUGCUUCCAUUCGAAAGUUCGAAGAAAAAGUUUAAUGGUCCUCAAACAUGGAAAAGAUAAACCAUUUAAUUUCAGCCAAACGGUAUUUAAAUUUAUUCAGGGACAUUAAAAACCCACUAAGAUUCCCUAAUGACUGGGCGCUAUGGCGUGCGCCUGUAAUUCAAACUAUGUGGGGGAAGUUACAAAUUGAUGCAGAGGUUUCGGUUCGAGCCCUGGUCACGUCUUUCGGUUGGGAACGUUAAAGAUCGGUCCCAGGGAUAAAUAAGUCUGAUUCAUACACAUCUGACAAAACUCGAUUACACCCACACACAAUGAAAUAUAACAAGAUACACGUCUUGUAUUUAUUGCAUUUACUAAAUUCAACAAACAAUGCAAAAUAGUGAGAAAAAAACCCUCAUAAUUAUUUCCCAUAGUACACUGUAAUUCGUUUAGAUGAUAAUGGUGUAUUUUAAGGCACUUGAUUAAAGAAAAUUAAACCAACUUUAUAUGCAUGCCUUCAAUAAUAUAUUUUAUGUCCAGUUUAACUAAUUUUUGUCUUGUAUUACAAAAUAUUGGUAUAGAAAGCAGUAAGAAUAUAUGGUGUAUCGUUCGUUAUUGCUGGAAGUAAAAGCUAAAUAAAAACAACAUUGAAGUUAUUCA